AUGGUUUCGAACUCGGACAUCCUGACCCGGCUCACAGAAAUCCUCAGCACUUCAGACCUCGACACGGCCACCGCCGGCAGCGUUCGCCGUCAACUGGAAAACGAUUUCGGAGUUGAUUUAUCGGACCGGAAAAAGUUUAUCCGGGACCAAAUCGACAUUUUCCUCGAGACCCACAGGGCCGAACCCCAAGACGAAGAAGAAGCGGAGGGGGAGGAGGUCGGUGAAGGGUCGGAGAAUGCAGAAGAAGAAGAAGAUGGAGAUGAAGAAGGAGAGGAAGAGAAUAAAGGCAAAAAUAAAAGGAGAAAAACGGUGGAUAAAGGAGUUGUCAAAAGAGGUGGCUUCAACAAAAUAUGUAGCUUGUCUCCACAGCUUCAAGAAUUUGUUGGAGAGCCUGAAAUGGCCAGGACAGAGGUAGUGAAGAGAAUUUGGGCCUAUAUCCGUGAAAAGGAUUUGCAGGACCCAAAAAAUAGGCGGAAUAUAAGAUGUGAUGAAUCACUACAUUCCCUUUUCCGUGUUAACUCUAUUAAUAUGUUUCAAAUGAAUAAAGUUCUCUCCAAGCAUAUAUGGCCGCUUGGCAGAGAAGAUGAACCUGUAAAGCAAAAGAAGAAAGGGGAAGAAAGUGAUCAUUCUGUCUCUGAAGGAGAUGUAAAUAAUGUAGCACAAGAGGAAGAAGAGGUGGAAGAAGAAGAAGAGGAGGAGGAAGAAAAAGUUAGUAAACAAAAAGAAAGCAAGAAACGAAGGGCUGCAAAAGUGGAUAAAGAAGUCAAGAAAAGGGGAGGAGGUGGCUUUACCAAAUUAUGCAGCCUUUCUCCAGAACUUCAAAAGUUCAUGGGAGUGCCAGAAUUGGCCAGAACAGAGGUUGUGAAGAAACUUUGGAGUUAUAUCCGGGAGAACAAUUUGCAAGAUCCAAAUAAUAAACGAGAGAUAAUAUGUGAUGAGUCAUUGCGUGCCCUUUUUGAUGUUGAUUCUAUCAAUAUGUUUCAAAUGAAUAAAGCUCUGUCCAAGCACAUAUUGCCCUUAAAUGGAGAAGCAGCUCCAGAUAAUGCUUCACGAAAGGAUAAGCAGUCUGAACAGGAGCAUGAAGAAGGGCCCGGGAAUCAUUCAGGUAAAAUUGGCCCAUUUUCCAGUUACUUGAAGUUCAAUGGGAUAGGCAUACCUGAGGGAAGAUAUUACGUUUGA